ACGCCCGUUGGACUCAACCCAUCGCCGGCUCUGCGCCGCUCCCCUCUCCGCUUACUGCCGCCGCCCACCGCACUGCGCCACCUCUCUCUCUCUGCGAAGCACGCCCCGACGCCUCAGCUCCCGAAGAUGGAUCUCAAGGACAGCCUCUCCAAAUUUAAGCAGCAGCAGGAGAGGUGCCAGUCAUCUUUGGCCAGCAUCGCCGCAAGCCAUGCUUCGACCACAAAACCGAAGCACAGGGCCCCGCCGAUUAAUGCUCCAUCUGCUCCAGCAAGGCCUGCACAUCCUGUUAAAUUUUCGAACGAUACAGAAAGGCUACAACACAUUCAUUCGAUUAGGAAAUCUCCUGCCGGGGCACAGAUCAAGCUUGUCAUUGAACUGCUUUACAAGACAAGACAAGCGUUUACUGCAGAGCAAAUAAAUGAUGCAACUUAUGUUGAUAUCAGUGGUAAUAAGGCUGUCUUUGACAGUCUGAGGAAUAACCUCAAAGUACACUAUGAUGGGAGCCGUUUUUCGUACAAGUCCAAGCAUGAUUUGAAGGGGAAAGAUCAACUACUUGAUUUGGUAAGGGGUCACCGAGAGGGUCUUGCUAUUGUGGAAGUGAAGGAUGCAUACCCAACUGUACUAGAAGAUUUGCAGGCUUUGAAGGCAGCAGGGGAAGUUUGGCUGUUGUCAAACAUGGAUUCACAGGAGGACGUGGUUUACCCUAAUGAUCCGAAAGCAAAAAUCAAGAUUGAUGAUGACCUGAAGGAGCUGUUUCGGGGGAUUGAGUUGCCGCAUGACAUGGUUGAUAUUGAAAAGGAGCUCCAGAAGAACGGCAUGAAGCCGAUGACCGACACCACCAAACGGCGAGCAGCAGCCCAGAUCCACGGUGUGAAACCCAAGGCUAAGCCUAAGAAGAAGCAACGUGGGAUGACUAAACGGACCAAGCUCACGAACGCCCAUCUGCCGGAGCUGUUCCAGCAUCUCUAAGCCUUCAUAGUGCUAUGACCGGCAAACAUUUCAUCCUACCUAGCUACCAUUGUAAUUUUAUGUACACCUGCAACCAUAGUAUGAGCUCUGAGACCGUCAUCUGAGAUGUCCCAAUGUAUGUACCAUAACUUCUCUCGAAACUCUGUUGCUGUAAUAUACCCGUUGUAACCAGUUGUUUCGUUCCAGUAGGAUUUGAGAGGUGUACUAGUUAGUGAUCAGACCAAUGACUUUUGAGUAACUAAAAGGAUGGACCAAUUGAAAAGUUAAAGCCUUUAUUAUCUGACA